GGCAAUACUAUAUUAGUCAACCCAUCCCAACGAAAAAAUCCAGUCUUGCACCACAUUGUCAACGUCCCUUAUGAGUUUUCAGACAUUAUCAAAGUAGACUACGUUGUUGGCCAAACGACUGGUGUACUAUACCUCAGCUUACGUUACCACCGUCUGUAUCCUACCUAUCUUGACACAUGCCUUGAAAAAGUACGCCAACUCUAUGUUGGUCGUGUCCUCUUAGUCCUCGUUGAUACUGAGGAUUAUCACGAUGCUCUACGUGAGAUCAACCGUAUGGCUGUCCUUGAUAACUGGACAUUAAUUUUGGCUUGGAGUUUGGAAGAAGCUGGUCGGUAUCUGGAGACGUACAAGUAUUUUGAACAUAAAGCACCUGACUGGAUUCGAGAAAAGGUGGAAGAAGAAUAUUUACCUAAAAUGACAGGGUGUUUAACACAAGUCAAAAGUGUGAAUAAGACGGAUGUGUUGACGUUAUUGUCUACGUUUGGAUCGUUAAAAGGUAUAGCAAGGGCGAGGCCUGAACAGCUGGCCAUGUGUCCCGGCUUCGGUGAGCAGAAGGUUAAGCGGCUGCAGCAGAUUUGGAAACAACCGUUC